UUUAGACAAGCAAAAACAUAUUCUGAAAAUAUGUUCUGAACUAAUAAAUCAAUAUCAAGGGAGUUUUUCCUUAAAACAAGCACAAUAAUCUUGUUUAUGUGCAGGUAUUGUUGGUGUGCUGCUUGCUUUUAGUUCUUGCCUUGUCAGUUUGGAUAUUAAACAGUGUUGCCAGAUAUAGUUGAAAGUUUCACACCCAAAAACUGUCCAAAACCCGCCAACAUAGUUGAUUAAUAAUUUACAUUUACUUCAGUCAGAAUUUGACUUUCGACAACUGACUGCUACAGUACAUACAAUACAAGCAGUGACCAUGUUAGCGACCGACACCAAACAGAAGCAAAAGCAACCACAACAGCAAAAUGACGACACAACCUGAUCACAUCAAAACCACCCAAUCUGGCAACAUUUAUAAUGUUUCACCACUGACUUCCUUCCUUUUAUACCGCCUUUCCUGCUUUCAAUUCUUUACUAGUGACUCUUUCUGACAGUUUAACUCGUGUGUAACAUGAGAUCUUUCUUCUGCAGAAGCACAUGAUUUAAUGAAGAUAAUCAGGUGUUUCCACAUUUACAGCAGUUCAUUCGAGUUUGGCUUCAGAUGGCGGAGUCAGUACGGCUAAUAAUAGUCUUGUUUGAAUAAUAUUGAUAUUCAGGUUUUUCCUGGGUUGAGUUCAGCCGUGUAUCUGGACAACAGGGAUUUUAUUGUGUUCAGUAAGUCCAGCCCAUCAUAAACCAGUCCACAAACAGGUUACAGUACAAACACACCUGACAGACCGAGGAAACAUGAGCAACGAAGGAGGAAAUAGUCGCCGGCGGUCAAACAGGAUCUCAGCUAAGAGAACUGACAAUAAUGAGGGUAAUGAAGGUGCUUGUUCACAGAAUGAUCUGCGUCUGGUUCUGCUGGGAAAAACCGGCGCAGGGAAAAGCGCAACCGGGAACACAAUCCUGGGAGAGAAACGCUUCAAUGAUGAUCUGAGCAUGAGUUCAGUCACUAAAGAGUGUCAGAGAGAAAACACAAGCACUGAAGGACGAAACCUGCUGCUGGUGGACACACCUGAUUUUACAGAAACAGAUAAAACAAUUGAGAAAAUACAACAGUGCCUAUCUCUGAGUUCUCCUGGUCCUCAUGCGUUUCUUCUGGUUAUACCGAUAGAGAGAUACACCGAUGAACAAGAACGCAUUGCAGAAAUGAUUCUGGAGAUGUUUCAUGAAGACAUCAGCCGAUACACCAUCCUCAUAUUCACACACGCUGACAGACUUAAUGGAGGAUCCAUUCAAAAGUUCAUAAUGAAUCAAGAGCAGAAGAUACAGGAGCUCGUGGAGAAAUUCGGAAGCCGUUUCGUGGCCUUCAACAACAAAAACACUGAAAACCGAGAACAAGUGACACGACUCCUUCAGAAAGUGGAUGAACUGAUGAUCCAGAAUGAAAACCGUCACUUCAGCAGUUCAAUUUCAGAUGUUGUACAGGAAACCAAGAGGAUAAUGAAGGAGAAAAGAGAAGCCGAUGUUGCUGAAAGGAAGAAGAAAGUCAAAAAAGAGGUGAGAAAAAUGGCUGAAGCUCGCUGGUCUGCGUUUACAACAUCCUUGAAGGAGGAGAAACAAGAAAUUGAGAAAAAAAGGACAAUCAUUAAUGGGCGGUUUGCAGAGAUUGAGAUGGAUAUAAAGAAGGAAGAGCGGAAUGCUAAACCGAUACCGGCGAGGCUCAAGCGAUUCCGAUCGUCUCUCAAAGCUGAGUUGGAGAAUAUUAGAAAACUGAAUGAUCGGGAUAGAAAGGAAGAGGAAGAGAGAUUGGAAAGAUAUGAGAAGGAAAAGAAGAAUAAGGCCAUUUGGAUUAAUGAGGAGGAACAGAGGAGGCUGGGUAAAGCAGGCCAGGACAAACAACUUCAUUCAGAACACUAUAACACAAUCCUUUGGAUCCUGGUUGGCUUCUUUGUUGGAUUAGCAGUAGGAUUUGCAUCUUCAGCACUCUUUUCUCAGCAAUAUAGGUUGGAUUCUCAGGAAAGUUCUUGGCAGUGGUGGUAGGAACUGUGUGUAUUAAGGCUCUGGUAUACUUCAAACCUAGGUCUUUUUCAUUUUUUGAUUGAAGCCAAAAAUAAGGAUGCUUUCACACCUCAAUGUUUGCUAGGGAACUUGACACGUUUGCCCAUCAGCUCAGUUAGUUUGGGCUUACAGUAUGUAAACACUGCAAUCAUGCUCUGAUCCGCGCCAAAACAAUAGGUCUGAGAUUGCCUGAAAGAGGUCUGGGCUUGGUUGAAACAAAUUCUGGAGCGGUUUGUUUGUUGAGAGAAAGCAUUAUGAUCCAACGAACUAUUGAACUAGUGUAUUAUGGAUAUGUAAUAGGCAUACAGUGCAUCCGGUAUUGAUAGCGCUUCACUUUAUUCAUAUGAUUUUAU